AGUCACCUUGAUCUGUCUUUGGACUAUGCCACAGUCAGCGAGCGAGUUACAGACGUGACUGCUCAACAGAAUAUGAGAGGGCCUCUGGAUCCGUCAGUGGAGUAUGCUACAGUCGAUAAGCAACGUAACAUUUCCUCAAAUCCUGGUUCAUCUUCCGUUCAGAAAGGAGAUGUUGUACAACCAGAACAAUCACUAAGAAAAGAGAUAGGGAGAAGAGGAAAUGUACCACACGUGUACACUGCAUCAGCAAAUGGACUGGCCGAGUAUGCAGUUGUAGACACAACUAGAGAAGAGAGAAAGAAAGGGCAGUCAAGAGGUCAUCAAAGGAAUAUGGCUUACCAUGACCCGGAAGAAGAUUAUGCUGUAAUUGACAAGAAGAAAAAGAGCCGACGAGAGAAAUGAUAUGAUGAAAAGUACA